AUGUAUAUUGAAAAAUGUUUUGCUAAAGUUCAGUGUAAACACUCAGAAGUAUUGGUUCGUUUGGAGCGUAACGAGAAUCAUGCAGUCCCAGUUUGCCCAUCUGCUACUGCCGGGCGGAAUAAGAGAUUAAGAUCAAGAUAUUUUCCGCGAAAUGUCAUCAAAUGUGAUGGACUAAUAUGUAACAAAUGUCGAUGUAAUGUUAGGAUGGGUUAUGUGUUAUCAAACAAUACCAAUCAAGCAGAAUGUGUAUUAACAUGUCCAACUAGUUAA